AAAACUCAAACGGAAAUGUCAGCAGAAACUCAUUUUGUAGGUAAAUAGUCACACGGACACACACAAAUCAAAUUCAAGCCCCGGGCUCGAGAUCUCUGACGGGUUCAAGCACGAAUCGAAGAUGUGCAGCCCCUGCUGUGGAUCCUGCUGCGGACCUUGCUGCUCCCCCUGCUGCAGCCCUUGCUGUCCACCGUGCUGCAAUGACUGCUGCGGGUCCUGCUGCAGUCCGUGCUGCGGACCCUGUUGCAGCCCCUGCUGCGGACCCUGCUGCAGCCCCUGCUGCAGUCCUUGCUGCACCCCCUGUUGCACCCCUUGCUGCACGCCUUGCUGCAAGUGUUGCACACCCUGCUGCGUGCCGUGUUGCACGCCCUGCUGCACCCCCUGCUGCACUCCCUGUUGCACACCUUGCUGCACUCCGUGCUGCAGUCCGUGCUGCAGCCCCUGCUGCUCCCCUUGCGGCGGCUCAAAGUGCAAGUGAUCCACGGAAGCGAAUUCGAAUUCGGAUUCGGAGGCAGAAGCAGAAGCCAGUCGUCGAGCUCGUUGGAGAACCGUCGGACCCACCUGCUAUUACCAUCUAAGGCAAUCAUACACACGAAAAGUCAACGGCAGAGCAAAGUUUUCGGGCCCCCGAGGAGUGGGGAUAUGAGAAUGUGGAGGAAGUGGAACCAUCUGCUCCCGGGGCCAUGUUAAUGAAGACACAGAUUAGACAGCGGGCCCAGGUAAAAGUUGGUCAUCCCCAACUUAUGCCAGUUAGUGCUGUGUAAAGUUUUUGGCCUCUUCCGAAAAUUAAUUAAAAUCAGUUUCAACCUAUGUGACACGAGCACACUUACAAAAGAAAUUACAUUACAUGCCAAGCUGAGUCAACUA